AUGGCAGAGAAGGAUUUCAUCAGUUGGCAUCUGCUGGCUUUAUUUUUUCUUCCAUUUUGCCUGUGUCAAGAUGAAUACAUGGAGGUGAGCAGAAGAUCUUAUAAACCAGUGGCCAAAAUAUUGCAAAGUCACCACCAGACUGGUCACAAAGGUUCCAGAAGCAGGGAAAUAUUGAAACAGCGGCAUCAACUUAUAGAGUGGACUGUUGUUAAUAGCACAUCUACAGACCACAAUGUCCUGAGACCAGAGGUAGAUGAUGUAGAACUGACUACCUCAGAUAGAGUCCAGCCCCCCCAGCCUGGACCGCAGAACCCAGAUUGCAGCUCCUGCUGCCGAGGUGACUUUGGAGUUCGACUCUACCAAGGGCCCCCAGGACCUCCUGGGCCCCCCGGGAUGCCAGGAAAUCAUGGAAACAAUGGAAAUAAUGGAGCAACUGGCCAGGAAGGAGCCAAAGGUGAGAAAGGAGACAAAGGAGACAUUGGACCAAGAGGAGAGCGAGGCCAUCAUGGACCCAAAGGCGAGAAGGGUUACCCUGGGAUUCCCCCAGAGCUGCAGGUCGCAUUUAUGGCUUCAAUGGCUACUCACUUCAGCAACCAGAACAGUGGAAUCAUCUUCAGUAGCGUUGAAACCAACGUUGGGAAUUUUUUUGAUGUCAUGACCGGGAGAUUCGGUGCUCCAGUGAAUGGGGUAUAUUUCUUUACUUUCAACAUGAUGAAACAUGAAGAUGUGGAGGAAGUGUACGUGUACUUGAUGCAUAAUGGUAAUACAGUGUUCAGCUUAUACAGCUAUGAAUCCAAAGGGAAAGCAGAUACUUCAGGAAACAGUGCAGUCCUAAAACUUGCCAAGGGAGAUGAAGUUUGGCUGCGAAUGGGAAAUGGAGCCCUCCAUGGGGACCAUCAACGCUUCUCCACCUUUGCUGGGUUUCUUCUUUUUGAAACCAAGUAAAAAAAAAAG